AUGAGUUCAACAACAACAACAACCAACACCAACACCAACAAACCGAUCACUAAAUCAGAAUCAAUUCAAUCAAAACCAAAAAAAAUAAAAGCACCCAACAUAUAUUCAAACUUAUUACCCAUCAAUCUAAGCACUUCAAACACAUAUCAUCCAUUCACUUAUUUAAAAGCACAUCUUUGGUUCUCUAAUCAAUCUACCACAUCUUCUCAUCAAAUCAUUUAUGGAAAAUUAGAUUCGAUUUCUAAUCAGAUCUCAGUCACUGGAGAUCAUCAGUUUCAAAUACUUUGGAGAUGUGGAUUUUUUGGGAAAGGUAAUCUUUCGAGAAGUGAACCUACUUGGUUACAAAGAGCUAAGAAUAGACAUGCUUUAAAUGUAUUACAAUCUGAUCAUGGUCUUAAACUUACGGCUGAAGAAUUAACGGCUAAGAGAAGAAUUGAAAGAAGAGAAGCUAAAAUUGAAAAAGCGAAAGAAAAAGAAAGAGAAAAAGAAAAAGAAAUGAGAUUAGAAGGAAUUGAAGUGAAUGAAGAAAUCGAAAAGAUCGAUCCACCCAUUGAAGAAAUCCAAUCUCUAAACAUCAAAGAAGAAAUCAUAAAAGAAACUGAUCAAAUCGAACAUCAAAACAUCAAACCAAAUCGAACUAAACCAUCAGAGAUGAUCCUUCCAAUCGAACUUUUAGAAGAACUAGAUUCGAUUGUCAAUCUUGAACAUUUACAACUCAAACCAGAAGAUGCAUUUUUUCUUUCAUAUGGAAUAGGUUGUUUACAAAUCGAAAAAGAAGUCUCAGAAACAGAUGAAGUGGUUUCCAAACCAGAAAAUAAACAAUGGUUCAGUAUUAAUGAAUUAUGGGAAACGUUUUGUUCGAAUGCUGAUCGAGAUUCUCAAAGAAAACCAGAUAAUCCAUUUAUAGUCUCCUAUGUUACAUAUCAUCAUUUCAGAUCAUUAGGAUGGGUAGUAAGAGAUGGGAUUAAGUUUUGUGUGGAUUGGGUACUUUAUGGAUCUCGUGGUCCAGUAGGAGGUCAUGCAGAGUUUGCGGUUUGUGUGAUACCUGUGUAUGAAGAUCCUAAUGAUCAAGAAGAACUUCAUCAAUCAGAUUUAUCUAAUCAAAAAAAGAAUUGGAAAUGGCUUUCAACUGUCAAUCGAGUUUGUUCAGGUGUCAAAAAAAUGUAG